GGUCUGGUUUUGUCCAGCAGAGGACUUGACAGUAUGACCCAUAACCGAGAAGUACUGCGGGGUACCUAAUCCGCCGGUCACCCGUGCACCUGUGUGUCGUCAUGUCCAAACAUCGGAACUGUGCCAAAACUCUGAUCAUCGCCGACGAUGAAGAGGUGGGGGCUGAGGAGCUGAACCCGUUCUCUUUCAGAGAGUUUCUACGCUGGAAGGAGCAGGACCAGGACCAGGAGGAGGACCAGGACCAGACUCUCAGUAAGUCCAGCAGCUCUCCUAGGCUGUUCGAUGUUGGGGGCUUGACCUUUGACCCUGGGGUCAGGAGCUGUUGCUUCUUUGACCCCUCCCUGGCACCACAGGAGGAGGAGGAGGAGGAGUGGGGGCGGAGCUUCCAGUCAGGUAUAGGCAACACCUCCUCCCUUUGCGCUGAAGAUGAGGAGAAGGAGACCUGGUUCAUAUCCAAACCUGACGUCCAGCGCGGAGGAGGCGGAGGAGGAGAGAACUAUGAAGGAGAUGAUGAGACCUCCAUGGCUGAGCCAGUGGCCUCCUGCAGAGGGAGGAGCUGCCAGGUGCAACAGCUGCAGGAGGAGAACCUGUUGCUGAGGAGAACCGUCAGCGAGCUGCAGAGGAGAUCGGAUGCUGAUGAACAUAGGCUGUCAGAGCUGUCAGAGGAGCUGCAGCAGAGGAGGCGUCAGGAGGAGAAGGAGGCUCAGGACCUGGAGGGCAUGGUUCACUCUGUGGAGCAGAACCUCCACCUGAUGACGAAACGAGCAGUGAAGGCAGAGAACAGCGUUUCCAAGAUGAAGGUGGAGCUGCAGCAGCUGCAGGUGGAGGUCAACUCCCUGCGGGCGGAAAACGAUCGUCUGAAGGCAGCAGAGUCUCAGGUCGUCAUGACGAUGAGACAAAAUGUUCAGGUGGCGUCUGAGUACCUGAACAAGAUGUCAUGCCACGCCCACUCCUCCAUUCGGUCAGCACCUGCCAACAGAGUUAAAGUCGGGCCAGCUGUUGGAGGAAGCAGAGACUCUCCGCCUGGUCUGUCAGCUGCUCCAGUCCAUUGACAAGAUCUCCAACCUCAGCACAGAGGCAUGAACUCUUCCAGAGCUGCUGUAGGUCCACAGACCAGCACAGCUACUCUAGACCUCCAUCUAGACUUCAGACCUCUACCACUUGUCUGACAGACAGGUGGGCAUGGUUGUCAUGGAAACAGUCCAGAAAGGUCAGAGGCCGGCAAGUCUCAGUCAAUCCACCAUUUUUUUUCACAAGUGUUUUAUUCUGAAAGGAGGACUCACCUGUGCUGAGCCUCUGAUGACAGUAGCUGGACGACAUGGACAGGUUUUUCAUCCUGAGGACACAAACACAACGAUCAGUGACGUCAUCAGAGUAAAUUUUGUUUCUUAUUUACAAUUAAUCUAAACCUGCCCCUUGUUGUUUUCACUCUGCAGCUGUAACUCGCUUCAUAAUAAAAUGUUAAAUCAA